GAUACCUUACUUCACGACAAGGUGGCCGCGGCCAUGCAAAGUAUGGCGCUCGACUGACAUAAACUUCCAUCUGAUCCGUCCAAUGAGUUUUCCAUGUGUUAUUGGUAUGCACGAAGUUGGUUGGGAAGAUGGGACGUACCAAAACGGUACAGCCCCAAAACAUGGAACUAGUGGUCGUUCGAAUAAUGGCGGACCAAAGAGCUCUGGCUUCGACAUUGUAGGUGGAAAAUCCAAUGGAGAGGUGGCGAGCUACUUAUUUCAGCGGCAGGGAGUCGCAUCAAGUUUUCCUAAGACUGUUGGAGAGAAAGAAGAGGGAUAUGGAGGACGUCAGUGGUCCUCGAACGAGAGAAUAGAUCAGGAUGAUGAGCAGAAUGAAGAACUGGAAGGAAAGUUCCAGAGCAUGGCUUUGAACAACAAUGAAAAGAAGGCUGACACACCUAUUGAGGAGAUUGCAUCUACAGCUAAAAAGCUCUGGGAUGUUGAAGACUCAGGAGAAGAAAAAACAGGCAUGUCAACAGGAAUAUUGCAUGGUGACCAAUGGAGAGAGAAUACCUGGGGCCCUUCUGUACCCCACAUGAACCAAUCAGAGCAUGCUGUCUCUCAACCAAUUAUGGUUCAGCGUUCUGUGAAGCCUGGUGCUUAUAAUAGUAAUAACUCUGACUUGCAUGGAGUGUUGUCCCCUCGUUCAGCUGAUGGUGUUGGUCUCAGUAUGGUGGAAUAUGUCCUUGCUUCAUCACCUGGUGGUCAGGAGCUUGAUUCACCAAUCAUUAAAUCAGGAUUUGGUUCUCCCCCCAGGAAUGAUGAGGCCAAGCCCAGUAAUUUAGCAAAAAAUGCCAGAGUAUCUCCCUUUGAAGAAGAGACACCUGAAGAUCUACAACAUAAGAGAGAGCAAGAACACACCUCCCCUCAGCCCAAACAGAACCAGAAAGCAGAAGGUGAAAGCAGUGGAAACAAUACUUUCAGUCGUACUCCAGGUAGUCGAGAUCCGUCGCCAACCUCCGGCGCAGCCCAGCAGUCCCAAGAUGUCUCCCAUGUCAGCCAGCCAGUCAUGUCUCAUUCCAACCUUAUACACGAGAAAACCAGACCUCAUAUGGUUGGUAUUAGAGAACCACACCCUUCGUCCAUCGCUCUGGACCCGGUAAACUUUGAGCAGUUUAACAUAGAACAGCAACACUUCCCUGGCACUCCUAUGAGUCCUUCUGAGCUUGUCAUGGUUUCUGGUGUGUCGCACACAGGGUCACACUCCUUCUCAGGUUCAUCGUUACAACACCUAUCGCCUCAGCAACAGUUAGCUUUAGCUGUUGCAGCACAACAGCAGCAGCAGCAGCAAUUACAGACAGCAAUGCCGCCACAGAACCCUUAUUAUAUCACCACACCGCAAGGACAGGAGAUGUUUGGUAAUGCUUCUCUACCACAGGUCAAUCCAGGUGCCCAGAUGGUCCAUCCUCAGUAUGCAGCCACAGCUUACAGUAUCCAACCUUGGGGAGUCUAUCCAGGGGCUGCUAAUGUGUCCGGUAAUGGCAAUUACAUCCAGCAGCACCAACAACAGACACAACAGCAGCAGCAGCAACAACAGCAGCAACAACAACCAAAUCAGUUAAUGAGGACGACAAGUAACCCUGGUGUGAGCGGACGGCCAAUGCAGGGUCCCAAUCAGAUGGAUAUGCUUGGAAACCCCCAACAACCUUCUAUGGCUGCAAAUACCAACUAUCAGAUAAUUGGUCCGCCCGGAGCACAGCAGAUGGGACUUGGGACUACAGCUUACUAUGACCAGUCAGGUAACUUAGUCUUAGGGAAUGCACAGGGCAUGAAUGGUGUCUCGCCCCAGCAGCUUGCAGCAAACCAGAUGGGUGGAACCUUGAGUAUGAUGUCACCUAUGAUGCUCAACGCCGCAAAUAAUCCAGGAAAUACCGCUAACGCAGCAAGACUGAGUAACAAUAACGGCGCUUCUAAUAUGCGCAUGUACGGCCAGCAAGCACAGCAACAAAUGUCAGGUAGUGGACCAAACUCUUUGAAUUCAUAUCAGAAUCAAGUUCCAAUUAACGGCAAUACUGUUGGAGUCCUUGGCAAUAGUCUUGGGAUUCUAGGUACGUCAGCUAAUGUCGGGGCUGUUGGCUCUAUGGCUAGUAGUACAGCGAGAAGGGAAGUCUUGAAUAACAAUGAAUAUAAUGGGUUCAACAAGAGACCGAGUAUACAAGGAUAUUAUCCGAAUCUAGGAGCCUUGAGUGUAUCUGCUCAGCCCUCUUACAACGCCCCACAGGAGCUCCAGACACCUCCAUUGCUGUCCCAAGCUAGUCAGUCAGGAUUCUCUGUCGGCAGUCCAAUAUCAAGCGGUUUAUCGCGCUACAUGCAACUCGCAGCCGCACCAGAAAAGAAAUACCCAAGCCCUCUAAACAACUUGAACAGCUCACCUUUUGGCAACUCCGUGCUAACCCAGGGCAAUUACCGCGGCAGCAGAAUGAAAGAAACUGGGCGAAGCAGGCUGCUUGAAGACUUCCGCAACAACAGGUACCCGAACAUCCAGCUACGAGACUUAGCCAACCACAUCGUGGAGUUUUCUCAGGACCAGCAUGGGUCUAGGUUUAUCCAGCAGAAAUUGGAACGCGCAACCCCAAGCGAGAAGAACAUGGUCUUCCAUGAGAUAUUACCAGCCGCGUACAGCCUGAUGACGGACGUGUUCGGCAACUAUGUUAUCCAGAAGUUCUUUGAGUUUGGCAGCGACGAACAGAAACAUCAUCUUGCCAACUGUAUCCGUGGAAAUGUGUUGCCCCUGGCGCUGCAGAUGUAUGGGUGUCGAGUUAUCCAGAAAGCGCUAGAAUGUAUUCCACCAAACAUACAGCAUGAACUCGUAAUGGAACUAGACGGCCACGUGCUCAAAUGCGUCAAGGACCAGAACGGUAAUCACGUGGUACAGAAAUGUAUCGAGUGUGUUGACCCGCACGCUCUUCAGUUUAUCAUAGAUGCAUUUCAAGGCCAGGUGUAUGCUCUCUCUACUCAUCCCUACGGUUGUCGAGUUAUCCAGCGUAUUCUAGAACACUGCUUGCUAGAACAAACCACGCCAAUACUGAAAGAAAUGCACGAUCAGACAGAACGACUCGUACAGGAUCAAUAUGGCAACUAUGUGAUACAGCAUGUCCUGGAACACGGGACUCCGGACGAUCGAAACAAGAUUGUCAUGGAGUUGCGAGGCCAUAUUUUACCUCUCAGUCAGCACAAGUUUGCUAGUAAUGUAGUUGAGAAGUGUGUUAGUUUUGCUUCACGUGCUGAACGAGCAAUGCUUAUCGAUGAAGUAUGCAACACCUCAGAUGGUCAACACUCUGCACUGUACACAAUGAUGAAGGACCAGUAUGCAAAUUAUGUGGUACAAAAAAUGAUUGACGUAGCAGAACCUGUCCAGCGCAAGCUCCUGGUCCAUCGCAUCCGCCCACAUGUGGCUACUCUACGGAAAUAUACCUAUGGCAAGCACAUCCUGGCCAAACUGGACAAGUACUACGUGACUAUCAAGCCAACACCUGAUUACAUGCCUCUGAGCAAUGGACAGCUGCUCUAGGCCGGCUAUCAUGGUUAGCUUCCCAUUUUUUCUACAUUUAUCCAUUGAUCUUAAUGGACUGGUAACAGCAGGGGAGGGGUGGAGAUUGAGGGAUGAAAAUCACGUAACUCUCCUAUACAAAUGCUAUCUGUUCUACCUUGACUCUUGGUCUUCAUCCAGUCAAAUUAUUUUCACCUUAACUUUCAAAUCAGUGUUGAUUCAGUUUUCUCCAGUCGCCACCCUUUAGGUUAAUGCCCUAAUUCUUGCACCUGUCUGCUCUUCCUCCCUGUCUUCCUCCCCCUCUUCCUGCUACUAUAUGUGACCAGUUGCUUAUUCAAUAACUUUUAAGCGGGAGUUAUAAUGAGCGUGCACUCGUUAAAUAUUUUAGUAGUGCAGUCGAUGCAGCUUUAGAUAUUAUUUCUUAAAGUACACUUAUUGUAGAAAAACGACUUCACGUGAUCAAAAGUGCGCCUUUUUUCAUAGCCCAUACCACAGGGAUCCCAACAGUGCUCCUAGAAUAUUGAUUGUAGAUUUCGUCGGAUUGAAUAUAUUUACAUAGGAAGAAGAAUCAGAAUUAAUUGCAACCCAGUAUCUAGGAAUAUAAUCUAAUAUGAUUUUUAAGAAGUAAUAUAUAUUUUACUUUUCUAACAAAAGUAUUGUCCUAACUUGUAUUUACUGUAAUAUUACUGUAAGUUGAGCACAUGUAUAACUGUAAAAUCGAUUUUUCCGUACAAAUUAUUUACAGCUUUUUCAGUAUUGUAAGUAAGAAUUUUCCCUGCCAUGCCAUGGCUUUUUUGAAUCAGCGUCAUACGCCACAAAUACUUAUAUUUUUAUUGUAUUCCAAGUCAACCCAGCAGAGGCUGCUUUUCGACUUAGUUCUAGUUCUAGUUCUUGUAGGAUUAACCUUACCUUUUACAUUUUAGCCUUAGUAUUUUAGGGCUAGAUAAUAAGCUUUUAGGGGGAAAGAAAAGAAGGUUGGAUUGUUUUAUGGGAUCUUUUAACCUAACAUAGUUAGUCAAUACAUUAGGUAGACACUUAAAGUUCAUUUACACAAUGACCUUUGUAGCUUACAAACAUGACAUUCCUGUACUAUUCUCCUUUGCAGCCGUUCUGAGUGUCGUUCAGAACCUCCCUCCCUACUAAGUUAGUGUGGAGGAAGUUUAGGACAGACACUAAGAACGGCUGCAAAGGAGACUAUUCCCGUACCCCAUCUUCAAAUGAGUCUUUCUCCUCCAAGGGGCUUUAAUUAUUAGUACAUUGGGGGCUGCAAACCAUUUGAUUUCUACUUUAAUUAAAACCUGCCCUUCAUGUUGGGCAAGCAUUUUACUUUCAAGCCUAUCAAAAGUCCCUGACAUUUUUGUGCAAAAUUUAAAGCUUCUCUCAAGAAUGUAAGCCCCUCCACUCCAUGCACUAAUAUAUAAAGCACCCUAGCCCUUGUAGUUGCUGUUAAUGACAACUUAAGGAUAGUUACCUCAGAGAGUGUAGGGAGAUUGCCUUAAAUGUCUCGAUAUUCAAAACACUUGGCAUUGCAUAGAAACAAUGAAAUAAUAAUGAUGAUUGAUUCCUGUGAUAAUAGAAAAAUGAAUAGUCUGCUAAGUUGACUUGGACCAAAAUAAUUCUAGGUGUGUUUUCCAUUUGAAAUAUACAGCUACGAAGUACAGAAAUCUAAAAUUAGAAGUGAUGUAUCAAAGUAUAAAUAAGAGAUAAGCCCAAGAGUGCGUCGCAUGAGCCGGCCUGUAAAUGUGUACAUUAUGUAAAUGAAGGGAGUCGGUUGGGAAGUUUUGUAACGAUGUUAUAGAAUAUUCACUAUCUGUACAAAACAUGGUGCAAAUAUCGAACUUUACAGGAAUUUCUUUGUCUUAGACGGUUUUUCGUGUAUUAAAUUUAGGCAAGGAAGUAUAACCUGAGAGAAUCAAAUUAUUCUUUACCUCCAUUCUAUAGUCUAACAAACCUUGUAAUCAGCAACAAUUCCUAGUACGCACGUGACUCGACAAACCAAUUAGAUUUUAGUAUAUGUAUUACGUCAUUAAAUAUGGCGCAUUUUGGGGUUAUAAAAUCGAAUUUAUUCAGAUAAAGUUUUAUAGCAUUGUUGAGUGCGUUGUUAUGGUUUCAAAGAUUCCAAGGUUUUUUACGAGUUUUAGAUUUUUUUAGAUUCACUAGGGUUAUUUUCCCUUCUUUUGGACCAAUUUAUUAUGAUUAAAUUUUGUGCACAUUGUAAAGUAUAAAAAAAAUUGAAUAAGGCAUGUUUUUGUGGGUGCUUUAAUUCUUAUAAAUCAUGUUAAUAAUAUGUACUCUAUACAUGAAUUACUGUGAAAUGAACUCAAGGAUCAAUUAAUAAUUUGUUGAUAAUAAAUAAAGAACUUUGUAUAGUUUAAAUAAGGAAACCGUUUUGGUUCACGAAGCGAACCGUUUGUAAUUUUAAUUCUAAAUAUGAAUUGCUCUGUAAAGUGAGCACGUGACCAAACUCGUACGACUGACGUAAUCAGUUAGAAAUUGAGUGAGUUGAAUCGUACUCAAUUUUGUAGCUAAUAUCCUAUCAGCAUUGUUUAUUAAGAUAUAUAUUAUAUGUAUCAUGAAAUUGUCUUGUAAAAUUGUAAGCAGUUAAUGUAGAAUAACUAAAGUGUGUAUAUCAUGGAAAGUUCUAGGUCAUUUUCAAAUAUUAAAAUUUAAAGGUGGUUUAA